AUGUCUGAUAGCGUAGUUAGUUUUGUGCUGGAAAACUUGUCUCGGCUUGUAGCACACGAAGCCAAUUUGCUAUGUGGCGUGGAGGACAAAGUGAAGCUCCUUGAGAGUGAGCUCAGAAUGAUGAGUGUCCACCUUAAGAACAGCGACCAAAACCAACGGAAGAAGGAGAUCGAACAAGAGGUUGUGCGUCAAAUCACAGACAUCGCACAUGAAGCUGAGGAUGUCAUCGAUUCCUUUGUUGCCAACGUUGCUCGCAACCGAAGGAGAAGUUGGGUGUCCAAGAUGCUCCAUGGCGUAGACCAUGCAAAGCUGCUACACCAUGUGGCAGAGAAAAUAGACAACAUUAAACGAAGAAGGGAUGUGGAGGAAGAUGACGUGGUGGGUUUUCAGCAUGACACAACUGAAGUAAUCAAUCUCCUCGAGCAAGAGGGUCUGCGUCGCAAUGUGGUGUCCAUCUUUGGUGUGGGCGGAUUAGGUAAAACUACUCUUGUUCGCAAGAUUUAUAGCAGUGCUUAUGUCAAGAAUCACUUUGAUUGUAAUGCUUGGGUUUAUGUGUCUAAUAACUAUAGACCUAGAGAGCUUUUGCAUAACCUUCUUAAAUGCUUGAUGACAAUCCUUGGAAAGGCAUGCAAAAGCAAAGCUGAAUCUGUUGAUUUUUAUAAUUUGAAUGAGGAAGAACUGAAAGGCAAGGUACGAGAGUGUUUAAAAGGGAAGAGGUAUCUUGUAGUGUUGGAUGACGUAUGGCAAACUCAACAUUGGGAUGACCUGCGAUAUGCUUUCUCAGAUGAUAAUAAAAGCAGUAGGAUUUUGAUUACUAGUCGUCUGAAAGAGGUGGCUUCUCAUGCCAGCUCAUUUCCUCCCUGCUCUCUCCCUUUUCUUAAUGAAGAAGAUAGUUGGGAGCUUUUCUCAGAGAGGGUGUUUCGAGGAAAGGAUGUGCCUUCUAAUCUCAAGCUACUAGGUAAGCGUAUGGUAAAAAGUUGUGGUGGCUUGCCAAUAUCCAUUAUGGUCCUUGGAAGAAUUCUAGCAAAUAAGGAUAAGUCAUAUCGAGAGUGGUCCAAGAUCAUGAGACAUGUCAACUCGUAUCUCACUCAACCAAAAACACAAGUACAAGACAUAGUACUUAAGCUCAGUUAUGACAGCUUGCCUUCAAGAGUGAGGCCAUGCUUUUUAUAUUUUGGUAUUUUUCCUGAAGACUACGAGAUUCCUGUUAGAAGAUUGAUCCAAUUAUGGGUAGCUGAAGGAUUCAUUCUUCAUAGCGAUUCUAGAGUUAGAGAGGAUGUUGCAGAGGACUACUUGGAUGAGCUCAUUGAUCGUAACUUAAUCCAAGUAAGAAGAAGGAGAAAUGAUGGGGGAAUCAAGACAUGUUGCAUCCAUGAUUUGUUAAGAGAACUUUGCAUAUCUGAGAGUAGGUAG